UACAUGUAUGUAUAAGAUAGAUUGAUAAUAUAGAACGAUCAACCGUGGAAGGAAUAAGGGGUCAACUGAACCGUCACUCAGCGUGAACUGAUAUUUAAUGUUAUAAAAAUAUACUACAGGGGGCGUGUCAGGGCAAGAUUGAGUCCCAACACCUUGCGGGAGCUGGAGGUCUUCACAUGCACGCAGAGCAAGUAUCUUUAGCAGGAUGUCGAGCCAGAACAAAGGAGGACUUUUGGAGCGAUUGAAAAAUGGAGGGCGAGUCAUAUGUGCCGAAGGCUACUUGUUUGUGUUUGAGCGUCGCGGGUAUCUCAAAGCUGGGGCCUUCGUCCCAGAGGUAGUUCUGGAACAUCCAGAACUUGUACGGCAGCUGUAUCGCGAGUUUGUUCAUGCUGGGAGCGAUGUUGUCUUGGCAUUCACGUACUAUGCCCAUCGUGAAAAGCUAGCCUUGAUUGAUCGAGACAAGGAUUUAGAACUGAUGAACAGACAGGCCUUACGUAUUGCAAGAGAAGUAGCCAACGAGACAGGAGCACUCAUGGCUGGGAACAUCUGCAAUUCAACAUUAUUCGACUCAAAGCAUCCAGAUUGUCAACCGAAAAUCGAUGGUCUAUUCAAGGAGCAGAUAGCAUGGGCAGUGGAGGAAGGAGCUGAUUACAUCGUGGCAGAGACAUUCGGUGACCUCGGGGAAGCGAUGAUUGCUCUAACAGCAAUUAAAAAAUAUGGCAAAGGCCUUCCUGCCGUGAUCACUAUGUCUCUCUACCGCAAUGUGGUAGACGGUAAACUUUGCACUCUGGACGGUGUGGAAAUGUGCGCAGCGUUCCAGCAGCUUGAGGUUGCUGGUGCCGAUGUGUUAGGUUUGAACUGUGCUCGGGGUCCAGCCACUACCGUGCCACUUCUAAAAGAACUCAAGAAGGUGCUCAAGGUCCCUAUUGCCGCUCUUCCUGUAGUUUAUCGCACAACUGAGGAUGCUCCAAACAUGCAGGUGUUGAAAGAUCCGUUGACUGGAAAGCAACUUUUCCCAACCAAUUUGGACUGCGCCGCCUGUACUCGCGAUGACAUUGUGGCAUUUGGGCAAGAGUGCCUUGAUCUCGACAUCCAGUACAUGGGCCUGUGUUGUGGGAAUGGGGCUCACUAUACACGUACACUCUCCGAAACCAUAGGUCGACAACCACCAGCCUCUAAAUACAGCCCAGACAUGUCAAAGCACUUUGCACUUGGUGACAACGAAAAGCUACAUAAAUACAACCAGGUCCAUGUCAAGGGCAUUGUCAUGUCAUAAAUGGAAAGAGACAGGAUUGAAAAUGAUGUCAAACUUGAAGGUUGGGCGAUAGAAAAAUAAUACCCCACUAUUAAAAGAUGAUGGGCCGACCCUAUUCUGAUUCAGAAAAUCGCAAAGAUAACUAUGUAGUAAAUCUAAGUAAGUGUAAACAAAAUUGUAAGUUCCCUCAAUAAAGAAGUUUGGCCAUCGAGGUUGGCUCAGUGCUGUUACAUCAAUGUACCAUCAAACUUGACUUAUGGUCAAGUCGAUAGGUGGUUAUGUCCAUUGGCGUUGUCUUUUUUUAUCAACUCCUGGGUUUCUAUGACGAGGACUCAAUUGUCCGGUGUGUGCUUCAGGAAGGUAAUGAUAGAACAGUGUUUUUUGGUAUGUGACCCGAGGGCACUCUGUUUGUCUCUCCUUAUUGGAAUACAAGUAGGGUCUGAAUGAAGAACACCAUUUGCUGUCACUCUC